AUGCCCACCCGCCAGCACGUGACGCUGCCACCGCUCAUGCACCUCUGCGGCCACGCUGCUGGCUGCCACCGCUUCGCCAAGGUGCACGGCGCCUGCCUCCACCACGCUCGGGAAGCCCAAAAACCCGUCAUCGUGACGUCGCCCAGUGUCCGCGUGUGCAUCUUUCCUGGCUGCGAGAAGCAAGCGAAGCGCAAGCGCGUCUGCAUGGACCAUGGCGGCCGCCACAUGUGCAAGAUGGAUGGCUGCCAAAAGUGCGCGCACAAGGGCGGCUUCUGCAUCGCCCACGGUGGCGGUCGCCGCUGCACGGUCGAAGGCUGUACCAAGAGCGCGCAGACCGGUGGGACCUGCUACAGCCACGGCGGCGGCAAGCACGGCAACCGCCACUACUGCAAGUGGGAAGGCUGCCAGCGUUGCGCGCACAAGGGCGGGUUCUGUGUGAGUCACGGUGGCGGCCGCCGCUGCAACGUCGACGGUUGCUCGCGGAGCGCCCAAGUCGGCGGCGCGUGCUACAGCCACGGCGGUGGCAAGCGCUGCAGCGUCGACGGCUGCAACCACGCGGGUCGUAUGAGCGGCUUCUGCAUCAAGCACAAGAAGAUGGUCGACGCCGGGUCGUCGCCCAAGAGCCUAUCCUGCUAAUGCACUCCUAUUUAAGCAAGCCUAUCCUAAUACUAUUUGUUUCGAUUACAAUAAAGUACAGU